CUAUUGAAAGAGUUGGGAACCGAUCGAGUGAUCAAUUAUAAGACCGAGAAUUUGGAUGAAGUGCUCACUAAAGAGUUUCCGGACGGAUUGGAUGUGAUUUGGGAGACAAUUGGAGGCAAAGUGUUUGAGACAUUAUUUAGCCAUUUAGCUGUGCAUGGGCGAUUAAUUCUUGUGGGCUCUAUCAGUGGGUACAAGACUGAAGGGGUUGGCGGCGCACCCAUUGAUAAUCUUCAGGCUAAAAUUUUGGCCAAAAGUCAAGUGAAGGAGAAUUCAAUGGAAUUGAUUCUGUGGUCAGAGGAGUGGAGUCAAGUGAAGGAGAAUUCAAUGGAAUUGAUUCUGUGGUCAGAGGAGUGGAGCCAUACAAUACGCACAGCACUGACCGUCGCUCCCAUUAAUGGCACGUUAUAUAUGACAAGUAAUGUCUUGUGCUUUGACUGGCAAUCAAGUGAAGAGUCAGUGAAUGAAGAGUUGAAACGCAGUUCUAAAGCAAUCAAUCGAUCACUACUUCAGCACAACAUUCGCGACAACACGUGUCCACACAAGCCAUACAAAUGUCAUCCAUUUCAUCGCAAAACAGCUGUAAAUAUGUCGGACAUCGGAAAUAGCAGUAAUAAUGGCGAUAACGGGAGGUCUUCGGUGGGCAGCAGUAACGCGACGGACGCGACCGACACGACGGACCAGUCAUGUGUGGUCUGCGGCGACGUGUCUUCGGGUCGACACUACGGAGCGGUCACUUGCGAGGGCUGCAAAGGCUUCUUCAGGCGUAUCAUCUGUUAUAAGAAUGAGUCGAUGUAUCGCUGCAUCGGAAUGAAUGGUCAGAACCGGUGUCUCAUCACUAACGACAGCACUCGUCGCAAGUGCUGUAAGCGGUGUCGCUAUCAGAAGUGUCUGGAGAUGGGAAUGCGGGCCGACCUCUGCGUCAAGAUUGAGCCCAACAGAGGACGCAAUGACGUGGACACCGAUGAGGACAGCAACGACUCGAUGCUGAUGAACGCCGACGAGUUGGUCGCCUUCAAGAGUCAAGUGAACCAAUCGUUUAACGAUUACAUCGUUUUGGCCAACUUUGAGGAAUCGACCGCCGGUUCGGACAGUAAUAACAAUCGUAACGAUACUAACGACUCGUUUCUGAUUGUAUUGAAUCAAAUGAGAAUCAAUUUGGAGUCAAAUGUGCGCCAAUUUAUCUCAUCUAUCGAUGCGUGCCGUGAAUUGAGUCCUUGGGUUCAACACAAACUAAUCAAGGAUUCGGUGAAUGAGCUCUUCGUUCUGGUCAUCGUCUCAAACCUAAACCGCUUUGAACAUAUCAUACGUCCGAAUGGUCUAUAUUUCGGUGACGAAGAACUGGACCUAACGUUUCGAGCCGUUUGUAAGACAUUUGACGAUUUAUGCGAUGCCAUGGACGGCCACUGCCAGCGCGAGACCGACGACCCCCACGACAAUAGGCAUAGUAUAUGUGCGGCCAUUAGUUUAAUGUCAAUCGUCAACAGCGUUAGAGACGAAGCAUUGAACGACCGAAGAGUGGACAGAAUUCGGGACAAAAUACUAAUCGCUUAUGAGUUGUAUAAACACCCGAUGACUUCCAAAUCGGUACAAGUGUCCCAUUUAUUGGCGCAAAUGAACGCCGUUAUAGUUAAGCGCCGGUUAUUUUGCCAAAUUGACUAAAGCCCCGAUAGGGUAGGGGUCGGCAGCCAUAGUAUGACUCCAAUUACACAUUAUUUAAUAUAUAAUCCAAUAUUGUUAUAAAAGCUAAUAUUUUAUAAGAUUAAAGUAUUUUUCAUAUAAAC